UAAGAGGCGGGCCAGAGACGUACCCGAGCGAGGGCUGGAGGGGGAGCAGUGACGUCACCCUACCCCGCCCCCUCGCCCGACCGUCGCCGCCGCCAUGUUUAGUUGUUACUUCUUCACACAAGAUGGCGGCUCCCAGGGAGGAGGCAUGAGCGCCCUGCCGUUACCGCUCCUCAUGCCGUACAGUUGCCACUUCGGGGCCUAACUCUAGCUCUUUGAAGCGGCUCCUGUGGGAAGGAGUCGUAAGGUGGGAAGCGAGGAUCGGACGUUUCCUUGCUUUUGGUUUGCAGUGGAAGAACUGACCCAGGAGGAAGAGAAUAGGAGAGAAGGGGGAGCUAAUCUCAAGAUGGCGGCUCCCAGGGCGGCAGGCGCAGCCUGAGCAGCAGAGGCGGACUGAGGGGAGAGGUUCGAGACCUCACAAGCCGUACGGCGCAAGCCUCCGAACAGUCCCCGAGAACUCGAGCUCGUUCCACCGGCUUCCGGCGCGCCUCUAUUCUUCACGAGUGUCGAGGCUGUUUCGGGAGCGGCGGCUGCAUUAAGUGCUGGGAGGGGAAGCGGGACGGUCUCAAGAUGGCGGCUCCCACAAUUGUGGUCUGAGCACCGGCGGGGCUGGGACAACCGCGGCGCUUGUGGCUCCUUUCCACCCGCCCCGGAAGCCGGCCAGUGCCGGGGACUUGGGGGGUGUGGGAACCGGGCCGGGGCUCCGCCAUUUCCGGCGGGUGAGGGCUACGACUGAGGAAGGGAGGAGAGAGAGGCGGCUCAAGAUGGCGGCUCCCAGGGCCUCCCGCCCGAGCUUGUAAGCAGGAGUGCCCGGGCAAGUAGUCAGAGCGGCGGGACUCGGCGGCCUCCAGCUUCUCAGGCCUAGCCGCUCGACAGUUUCGGGACGCUCUUGAGGAGUCAGGGUGAGCGAGAAGAAGGGGAAGAGCCAAAGGGAAGGAGGAUAGUUAAGAUGGCGGCCUCCAUGGAGCCGUCCACCGCUGUGUGAGGAACUGCUUCUCCGUGAGAGCUGCCUUAGACGAAAGGGGGUGUGUGGGAGGUGUUGGGGGGCUCCCUUCCCGCUUGGUGACUUUUUCCCACCGUGCCCGUUCCUGGAACUAUGGCUUCGGCCGUGUCGCCCGCCAACUCGCAAGCGGUGCUUCUGCAGCCCCGCUGGAAGCGAGUGGUGGGCUGGUCAGGUCCAGUGCCCCGACCCCGUCACGGCCACCGCGCCGUGGCCAUCAAGGAGCUCAUCGUGGUGUUCGGCGGCGGCAACGAGGGGAUAGUGGAUGAACUGCACGUGUACAACACGGCAACCAACCAGUGGUUCAUCCCAGCCGUGAGAGGGGACAUACCCCCUGGGUGUGCAGCCUAUGGCUUUGUGUGUGACGGGACUCGCCUGCUGGUGUUUGGUGGAAUGGUAGAGUAUGGGAAAUACAGCAAUGACCUCUACGAGCUCCAGGCAAGUCGAUGGGAAUGGAAGAGACUCAAAGCAAAGACGCCCAAAAACGGGCCCCCUCCAUGUCCUCGGCUUGGGCACAGCUUCUCUCUUGUGGGCAACAAAUGCUACCUGUUUGGGGGUUUGGCCAACGAUAGCGAGGACCCCAAGAACAACAUUCCGAGGUACCUGAAUGACUUAUACAUCCUCGAAUUACGGCCAGGCUCCGGAGUGGUAGCCUGGGACAUCCCUAUCACUUACGGCGUCUUGCCACCACCGCGGGAGUCACAUACUGCCGUAGUCUAUACUGAGAAAGACAACAAGAAGUCCAAGCUGGUGAUCUACGGAGGGAUGAGUGGCUGCCGGCUGGGGGACCUCUGGACCCUGGAUAUUGAGACUCUGACGUGGAAUAAGCCCAGUCUCAGUGGAGUAGCACCUCUUCCUCGAAGUCUCCACUCGGCCACAACCAUAGGAAACAAAAUGUACGUGUUUGGUGGCUGGGUGCCUCUCGUCAUGGAUGACGUCAAAGUGGCCACACACGAGAAGGAGUGGAAGUGUACCAACACACUGGCUUGUCUCAACCUGGAUACCAUGGCUUGGGAGACCAUCCUGAUGGACACACUGGAGGACAAUAUUCCCCGGGCCCGAGCUGGCCACUGCGCUGUAGCAAUCAACACCCGCCUCUACAUUUGGAGUGGGCGUGAUGGCUACCGAAAGGCCUGGAACAACCAGGUCUGCUGCAAGGACCUCUGGUACCUGGAAACCGAAAAGCCACCGCCUCCAGCCCGGGUACAGCUGGUACGAGCCAACACCAACUCCCUGGAGGUGAGCUGGGGGGCAGUGGCAACCGCCGACAGUUACCUUCUGCAGCUCCAGAAAUAUGACAUUCCUGCCACGGCUGCUACUGCCACUUCCCCCACACCCAAUCCGGUCCCGUCUGUGCCUACCAACCCUCCCAAGAGCCCUGCCCCUGCAGCAGCCGCACCUGCUGUGCAGCCGCUGACCCAAGUAGGCAUCACACUCCUGCCCCAGGCUGCCGCCACGCCCCCGACUACCACCACCAUCCAGGUGUUGCCGCCAGUGCCUGGAAGCUCGAUUUCUGUGCCCACUGCAGCCAGGACUCAAGGUGUUCCUGCUGUUCUCAAAGUGACUGGUCCUCAGGCUACAACAGGAACCCCGUUGGUCACCAUGCGACCUGCUAGCCAGGCUGGGAAAGCCCCUGUCACGGUGACCUCCCUUCCUGCAGGCGUGCGAAUGGUUGUGCCUUCGCAGAGCGCUCAGGGGACGGUGAUCGGCAGCAACCCACAGAUGAGUGGGAUGGCUGCGUUGGCCGCUGCAGCCGCUGCCACCCAGAAGAUCCCUCCUUCCUCAGCGCCCACAGUGCUGAGUGUCCCAGCAGGCACCACCAUUGUCAAAACUGUGGCUGUGACACCUGGGACUACCACCCUCCCAGCCACUGUGAAGGUAGCCUCUUCGCCUGUCAUGGUGAGCAACCCGGCCACUCGUAUGCUGAAGACUGCAGCUGCGCAGGUGGGGACGUCGGUCUCCUCCGCUGCCAACACAUCCACUCGCCCCAUCAUCACCGUGCACAAGUCCGGGACUGUGACUGUGGCCCAGCAAGCCCAGGUGGUGACUACGGUUGUGGGAGGGGUCACCAAGACCAUCACCCUGGUGAAAAGCCCCAUCUCUGUCCCAGGAGGCAGUGCUCUGAUUUCCAAUCUGGGCAAAGUGAUGUCAGUGGUCCAGACCAAACCAGUUCAGACUUCGGCGGUCACAGGCCAGGCAUCUACAGGCCCAGUGACUCAGAUCAUCCAGACCAAAGGGCCCCUGCCAGCCGGGACCAUCCUGAAGCUGGUGACCUCAGCAGAUGGCAAGCCCACCACCAUCAUCACCACCACGCAGGCCAGUGGGGCUGGGAGUAAGCCCACCAUCCUGGGCAUCAGCAGCGUGUCCCCCAGCACCACCAAGCCUGGCACAACCACCAUCAUCAAGACCAUCCCCAUGUCAGCCAUAAUCACGCAGGCAGGCGCCACAGGUGUGACCAGCAGUCCUGGCAUCAAGUCCCCUAUCACCAUUAUCACCACCAAGGUUAUGACUUCAGGGACUGGAGCACCCGCAAAAAUCAUCACUGCUGUCCCCAAAAUUGCCACAGGCCACGGGCAGCAAGGAGUCACCCAGGUGGUACUAAAGGGGGCCCCUGGACAGCCGGGCACCAUCCUACGCACUGUGCCCAUGGGGGGCGUCCGCCUGGUCACCCCCGUCACUGUUUCUGCCGUCAAGCCAGCAGUCACCACAUUGGUUGUCAAGGGCACCACAGGCGUUACAACCCUGGGCACGAUGACAGGCACUGUUUCUACCAGCCUCGCUGGAGGUGGGGGCCACAGUACUAGUGCCUCCCUGGCCACACCCAUCACCACCUUGGGCACCAUUGCCACCCUCUCAAGCCAGGUGAUCAACCCCACGGCCAUCACUGUGUCAGCCGCUCAGACCACACUGACAGCGGCUGGUGGUCUUACCACCCCCACCAUCACCAUGCAGCCUGUGUCCCAGCCCACCCAGGUGACUCUGAUCACGGCACCGAGCGGGGUUGAGGCCCAGCCUGUGCACGACCUCCCUGUGUCCAUUCUGGCCUCACCUACUACAGAACAGCCCACAGCCACCGUCACCAUUGCUGAUUCUGGCCAGGGGGAUGUGCAGCCUGGCACCGUGACGCUGGUGUGCUCCAACCCCCCCUGUGAGACCCACGAGACGGGCACCACCAACACGGCCACUACCACCGUCGUGGCUAACCUCGGAGGGCACUCCCAGCCGACCCAAAUGCAGUUUGUCUGUGACAGGCAGGAGGCAGCCGCUUCUCUUGUGACCUCGACAGUGGGGCAGCAGAAUGGCAGCGUGGUUCGCGUCUGCUCCAACCCGCCGUGCGAGACCCACGAGACAGGCACCACCAACACGGCCACCACUGCCACCUCCAACAUGGCUGGGCAGCAUGGCUGCUCCAACCCGCCCUGCGAGACCCACGAGACAGGCACCACCAGCACCGCCACCACUGCCAUGUCGAGCAUUGGCGCUGGCCAGCAGCGAGACACCCGGCACACCUGUGUGGCCACCACCACCCCUGCUGUGGUUCGGGUUAGUGUGGCUGCUGGGGCCCUGGAGGGAGCCCAUGGUUCUAUCAAGUCUUCAUGCCAAACUCGCCAGACCAGUGCGACCAGCACCACCAUGACUGUGAUGGCCACCGGGGCCCUGUGCUCCGACAGCGCACUUCUCGGGCCCAGCCUAGCACUGGAGGCAGGAGGCCACAGCACUGCUUUCGUGCAGUUGGCCUCUGCGAGCGGCCAAGUUCGGCCCAGUGGCCUCGGCGGCAAGGACAGCCCCGUAGCUGACCUGGGUCAGUUGGUGUCCCUGGGGCGCCAGCUGGAGGCACAUCACACCCACACGACCAACACCCCCACCAUGGCACGCUCCACCAUGUGCGUCGGGGAGCCUGGCGAGAUGCAGGGGAUCCCCGCGCUUGCGUACGAGAGCUCACCUAGCACUGCUGUGACUGUGACAGCCCUGGAGGCGCUGCUGGGCUCCUCGGCCACCGUGACCCAAGUCUGCUCCAACCCGCCGUGCGAGACCCACGAGACAGGCACCACCAACACGGCCACUACCUCGAAUGCAGGCAAUGCCCAGCAAGUCUGCUCCAACCCACCCUGCGAGACCCAUGAGACGGGCACCACCCAUACACCCACCACCGCCACCUCCGGAGGAGGUGCAGGCCAUCCCGAGGGGGGACAGCAGGCUCCCGCUAGCCGCCCCUGUGAGACGCACCAGACCACUUCCACCGGCACCACCAUGUCGGUCAGCGUGGGCGCCCUGCUCCCUGACAGCACCCCCUCCCUCAGGACCCUGGAGUCCGGGUUGGAGGGGGCAGCACCGCCUACCAUCGCUCCCCAGGCCAGCGCCUCAUUGCUGGCUCCUUUCCCAACACAGAGGGUGUGCUCCAAUCCCCCCUGUGAGACGCAUGAGACAGGUACCACGCACACGGCCACCACCGUCACCUCCAACAUGAGCUCAAACCAAGAUCCCCCACCAGCUGCCAGUGACCAGGGAGAAGUGGAGAGCACCCAGGGCGAGAGUGUGAACAUCACCAGCUCCAGUGCCAUUAUGACAACUGUGUCCUCCACGCUGACGCGGGCUGUGACUACCGUGACACAAUCCACACCGGUCCCCGGACCCUCUGUGCCGAAGAUCUCAUCAGUGACUGAGACUACCCCAGGGGCUCUGACCACCGAAGUCCCCAUCCCGGCCACGAUAACAGUGACCAUAGCCAACACAGAAACUUCUGACAUGCCCUUCUCUGCUGUUGACAUCCUGCAGCCCCCAGAGGAGCUCCAGGCCUCCCCAGGGCCUCGCCCGCAGCUGCCGCCGCAGCAACUCCUGCAGCCUGCCUCCGCGCCCCUGAUGGGGGAGUCCGCCGAGGUCCUGUCAGCCUCGCAGACCUCUGAGCUCCAGGCCGCUGUGGAUCUGAGCAGUACAGGGGACCCAUCCUCAGGCCAGGAGCCUGCCAACUCAGCCAUGGUGGCUACUGUGGUGGUCCAGCCACCUCCACCCACACAGUCGGAAGUAGACCAGUUGUCACUUCCCCAAGAGCUGAUGGCCGAGGCCCAGGCAGGCACUACCACCCUCAUGGUAACAGGGCUCACCCCCGAGGAGCUGGCGGUGACUGCCGCCGCCGAAGCGGCUGCCCAGGCUGCAGCCACAGAGGAAGCCCAGGCCCUGGCCAUCCAGGCUGUGCUCCAGGCCGCACAGCAGGCCGUCAUGGCAGGCACUGGGGAGCCCAUGGACACUUCCGAGGCGGCAGGAGCCGUGACACAGGCGGAACUGGGCCACCUGUCAGCUGAGGGCCAGGAGGGUCAGGCCACCACCAUCCCCAUCGUGCUGACGCAGCAAGAGCUGGCCGCCCUGGUGCAGCAGCAGCAACAGCUGCAGGAGGCACAGGCCCAGCAGCAGCACCACCACCUCCCCACGGAGGCUCUGGCCCCUGCCGACAGCCUCAAUGACCCGACCAUUGAGAGCAACUGCCUCAGCGACCUGGCUGGGGCCGUCCCCAGCACUGUGGCCCUGCUGCCCUCCACAGCCACUGAGAGCCUGGCUCCUUCCAACACGUUUGUGGCCCCCCAGCCAGUCGUGGGAUCCAGUCCCGCUAAGCUGCAGGCUGCCGCUACCCUGACUGAGGUGGCCAAUGGCAUCGAGUCCUUGGGCGUGAAGCCAGACCUACCGCCCCCGCCCAGUAAAGCCCCCGUGAAGAAAGAGAACCAGUGGUUUGAUGUGGGGGUUAUUAAGGGCACUAACGUAAUGGUGACACACUAUUUCCUGCCACCAGACGAUUCUGUCCCAUCUGAUGACGACUCGGGCACUGUUCCGGACUAUAACCAGCUGAAGAAGCAUGAGCUGCAGCCUGGCACAGCCUAUAAGUUUCGUGUUGCUGGGAUCAAUGCCUGUGGCCGGGGGCCCUUCAGCGAGAUCUCGGCCUUUAAGACGUGUCUGCCUGGCUUCCCGGGGGCCCCCUGUGCCAUUAAAAUCAGCAAAAGUCCAGAUGGUGCUCACCUCACUUGGGAACCGCCCUCUGUGACCUCCGGCAAGAUCGUUGAGUACUCGGUGUACCUGGCUAUCCAGAGCUCGCAGGCCAGCGGCGAGCCCAAGAGCUCAGCCCCGGCCCAGCUGGCCUUCAUGCGGGUGUACUGCGGGCCCAGCCCCUCCUGCCUCGUGCAGUCCUCCAGUCUCUCCAACGCCCAUAUUGACUAUACCACCAAACCCGCCAUCAUCUUCCGUAUUGCUGCCCGCAACGAGAAGGGCUAUGGCCCAGCCACCCAAGUGAGGUGGUUGCAAGAAACCAGUAAAGACAGUCCUGGCACCAAGCCGGCCAACAAGCGGCCCAUGUCCUCUCCGGAAAUGAAAACCGCUCCAAAGAAAUCUAAGGCAGAUGGUCAGUGAGAGGCAGCUGGCUUGCACCUGGAUUCCUCUCCCGACUCCCCCCCUGCUUCAGGAACAUCACCCGCCAGGGCCCUACCUGCCCAUCCCACCCACCUGGCGCUCACACCCUCCCAAGCUACCGGCCACCAUUCAUUCUCUCUCCUUUCCUGUCUGUUUUUAAAAUAAUCUCAAGAAAGCACAUUUUACCAUUGCUGUUGGGUGGAAGCAGAGGCAGGUCUGGAAGAGCAGUGAGCAAGUGAGAGCAGUGCGCCUGCCCUCUGAGUCCAGAGGCCCUGAAGGAGAGAAACAGAAACUUAGAGCAAAGAUGCGAAAGCAGUGGAGGCAUGCACCUCCCUGUCCUGCUAGCUUCUUGCUAUUUAUCACCCUUGGCUCCAGGGGGCAGCCAGGGGCGUGGUUGAGGGGACUUGGAAGCCAGGGAAAGGCCACCCCUCGAUCCCCCUCCCCCCGCCUCUGCUCCUAGAAGCAAGAGAGGCUUUGUGGGGCACCCUGUGCAGGGUGUGUCUGAUUUUACUUUAUUUUGUUCCCUUUGCUUUUCCUGCCACCUAACAGCCCACCCUCAACUUCCUCAUCCCAUCUCCGCCCAUGAUCCCACAGGAAGCUUAUACUUUCUCAGAGGCCUUCUUAUCUACCCCACCUCUUCUCCCUUUCCCCCUUCGUUCCCAUUUAAAACAAGAGAAGAAAGAAAAAGAAAGGGGGAGAAGGGGUCCCAUGGUGGCCUGAACAGUGUUCUGUGAAAACCUCCUGACUCCCAGUGGGGCGUACAGAAGCCCCCUCCCCCAGCCUGGCUUCGGUCCCCCUGGGUCGGGGCUAGGGGCCACAUCACCAACUGCUGCAUUUGUUGUAUUUUUUUAAGUUGAAAUUGAAGUUAACAUUUUUAUUGUAAUUUUAGCCUUAGUGUGUGGGGUUUUGUCCCUUUUUUGUUAGCUGUGUACAGAAUGUGUAUCUUUUUUUUUUUUUUUUUUUUUUUAAACUUUUCUCUCCUUGGCUAAGCCUUGGCAGGGAUCUUUUGGAGGAAAAGCUGGGGGCAGCCAGGGCAGGAGAGGCAUGGAAUCCCCCUUGUGGACCUGGUGUUUGCUGCCGAGCUCAGUUUCCUCUUGUUGGCCUCUGCCCUCUGCCUGUCCCUAGGCCUCUGGGACAAAGGAGGGGUGAGCUGUCAAACAUCACUCCCCAUGGGCGAGCGCUCCACAUCACACCACAGGAUUGAGCUUGAAAGUCUGAGAGCCUGAAGUCAGAUUUCUGAGGAGGAAAGCCCAGAGGCAAUGGAUCCUCCUGGUCCUGGGUUCACAGCACUCACCGCCCCCGCCCCCAGGUUUCCUCCUUGGCAUAGAUGACUUAGAGUAUCUGGCACGCUUCUUCAAUUGCUGUUUCCUGCAGCCACCCCCCUGCGGGCAGAGUUGUUAAGGAAAAGGACAGGGCGGGGGCAUGAAGGGGAACUCCGUCCUCAGAGGCAGUCUGAGAGGCGGAGAGUGUGGCUUCACCCAGGAGGGAGCCUGGCGAUGGCUAACGGCACCAGCCACCAGGGCUACGAAUGCACUGUCCCCAGGCUGUGCAGUCCUGGGGUCAGACUGGGGCUCUGCUUCAAGUGGCUAAUGAGCCACCUUUCUGCCCCACACCUAAGCUUUAGGCAAGGAGCAAGGCUUUCAAGCAGGUCACACAAGACUUAAAACGAGCAGCCCAUCUUUUCAGAUACCCUUCUCCCAGUCUGCCCUGGAGACCAGCUGUGGCUGCCCAGCCGCUGUCGCC